GGACUCCUGGUGGUAUGGAACGACGGCCACGAGAGUGAGUACUCCACCAAGUGGCUCCAGGACCGUGCCUUCACGCCCACCGCCCGCGCCGUACACAGAGAGAGAUACGCCCUCAGGAAGGAGUCGUGGGGCGCCGAACACCGCCUCAAGAACUUCGACUACAAUACACUGAUGUCGGACGAGCACGAGCUGCUGGACUGGCUGCUGACCAUGGAGCGGCAGGGCUCGGCCAUGGUGAGGAACACGCCCAGGAAGGACGUGGCGGGGCCGGAGCUCAUCGAACACAUCGCCUUCGUCAAGCAGUCCCACUACGGACCUCACUCGCCCGUCAUCAACCGGGCCAACACUAACAACGUGGCCUUCACCAACGCCAAGCUCGGCAUGCACAACGACCUGCCGCAGUACGAACACAUGCCCGGGAUCAUCUUCAUCCAGUGCGUGGAGCAGCAUCCCGGCGCCGGCGGCGAGAGCGUCGUCACCGAUGGACUGUUCGCCGCCGAGGAGCUGCGCAGAAACCACCCGGAGGACUUCCACAUCCUGGCCACCACCGACAUGUACUUCUGGGACAAGGGCCACGCCAACUACAGCUGGGAGAUGCCGGAGUUCCACAAGAUCGCCAAGUUCCCGGUCAUCAGGGUGAACAGCAACGAGGUGGUGCAGAUCGCCGUUAACAACGCCAUCCGUGACUCCCAUUACGGACCUUCCCACAAGGUCAAGAAGUACUACGCCGCCUACAAGCGAUUCCACGAGAUUCUCUACGCCAACGCCAUCACCUUCAAGAUGGAGGCGGGAGACAUGAUGACGCUGGACAACGUGCGGUGCCUUCACGGGCGGGAGGGCUACGAGGCCAACAGUGCUCGCCAUAUCGAGUCCUCCUACCUCGACUGGGACGAGGCGCGCUGCCGUCGACGCCGCCUGCAGGAGCAGUUUGGAUCCUUCCGCUAAGACGAGGAGCUCCGGGGACCAUAGAUAUAUAGUUCUGCCAUUUUCUCAGUCAUAUUUUUACCAACUAAUGAUAAAACUUUGUGAACAGUAGCAUAUAAGUCCUUGGGUACAUUCAGCGCUGUGGAAUUUCCAGAAUCAUAUUUCACGUUGCAUUUAACUAGAAAAUACUGAAAAAACACUUGAGGAUAAUUUUUAAGAUCCCGCUCAUGAUUUCUUAUUGCUCAUUUACUUCUUAUACAUCCUAUUUUAUCAUACUGCGUAGGUAUGCUAAGUAUAUACAGUUGAAAGUUCCUAUCUAGAUGUAUGGUUAAGUUCCCAAGUGAUAUUGUGUGUGUGUGUGUGUGUGUGUGUGUGUGUGUGUGUGUGAGGGUCCUUUCCCACCCAAUAGAUUAUUUUUAUAACAACAUAACGAAGUAUCUUGUUAUAAUUCCAGCGUAUGCGAGUGUCAUGCUGUUGUUUAUGAUUUAUAGUCACUGGUUCGUGUUCAGUUGAUGAUGAUUGUAUGAUUUUCUAGUGAAAUUGAGAGGAAAAGCAAUUCUUCGUGUGUGUACGUAUAUAUAUUCGAAGAAAAUAUGUAACCAAAUACGUAUAUAUAUAUUUUGAUAAAUAAACUUUCUACGUCCAACAAACAUUGAUUCC